AUGGGCGCUACUCUUCCCCGGGCCAACCUGUCAGGGUGCCGGUUGAAUCCCUGUCACCUGUACCGGGCUGACUUGAGACAAGCGAACCUGAGCAGGUCGUUGAUUAACGGGGCGAACCUGCGGGGGGCCAACUUACAGAGGGCGGACCUGUCCGAGGCGGACAUGGACCGAGCGGUCCUCUCGGAUGCCAACCUGUCGGGCGCCAACCUGCGGGGGACUAACCUCUCCAGAACAAACCUGACCGGCGCUAACUUUACCGACGCAGACUUGACCGGCGCCAUAUUACAUCGGGCGGCGUUGACCCGCUCGACUUUAGACGGAGCAAUCCUGGAAAACGCCGAUUUCUACGAGGCAACCUUCAAUGACGUGAGCCUGUCGGCCACCAAGUUUGCGGGCAGCAUCGUUGGCUACACGGUGUUCCAGAAUUGUGACCUGAGCAAGACGGAGGGGUUGGACCAAGUCCGCCACGAUGCGCCCAGCAGCGUGGGCUUGGAUACUUUGUACCGUUCCGGGGGCCGGAUUGAGGACAUUUUCUUGCGCAACGCUGGAACCCCGGACUCCAUCCGGGAGUUUCAGAGGAUUCUUUUAGAGACCCCGCCGUUGUCAGGGGACUUUUUUAUCUCUUGCGCCAGCCAGGACGCCGCCACCGCCCAAGCUCUCCAGGCCGACUUGCAGUCUCAAGGCGUCCGAUGCUGGGUGUUCUCUGAGGAUUUUCGAGGCAGUGCGUUGGUCGAACGACACAGCACCUCGGACCAAGAGGAAGUGGAGCGUUGGCUGAGGGACUACGACAAGCUGAUCGUGCUAUGCACCGACAACGCCUUGGACAGCGAGAAGAUACGGAACGACAUCACCCAAGCUCAACAGCUACAACAGAGCAAGGACGAGUGGCUGCUAUACUUGGUGGAUCCCAGCGGGCGCUUGGGCCAAAGCAGGAACCGGUUGGCCCGCACCCUCAGCAGCGAGCAUGUGGUGUUCGACUUGGGCGGCAAAGACUCUGACCUCGAGAAGUACCAAGGUGAACUCUCCCGAUUGGCGGAGAGUUUGUUGACGUCUCAACCGCGUUCUGCCGGUAUCCCCACCUACGAGGAAUUCCGGUUGUAG